CCUCAACCUCCCUAUUUAAACCGCUUCCAACAUCUUCUUUUUCCAAACAGCUAAAAUAUUUUUCAGUUUAUUCUUCUUCUCUCAAGAACUCCUCAAAACAAUGUCGGGCCGUGGAAAGGGAGGCAAAGGAUUGGGAAAGGGAGGAGCCAAGAGGCACAGGAAGGUGCUUCGGGAUAACAUUCAGGGCAUCACCAAGCCGGCGAUUCGAAGGUUGGCACGUAGAGGUGGCGUGAAGAGAAUCAGUGGUUUGAUCUACGAGGAGACACGUGGUGUCCUCAAGAUCUUUCUGGAAAAUGUGAUCCGUGAUGCCGUUACCUAUACGGAGCACGCUAGGCGCAAGACUGUUACCGCCAUGGAUGUUGUGUACGCUCUAAAGAGGCAGGGCAGGACUCUUUACGGUUUCGGUGGUUAAGUUGGCUUUAGGUUAUGAUUAGUUGGAUUUUGUAAAUCUUUGCUACAGUUUGUUGUAAGCUUUUGUUUGGCUAUCUGUAGUUUGAUGUUUUAGGUUUGCUUUAGUUUGUUUUAGUAAAUUGUAUCUUGAUCUCAAUCUGCAAUGAAAUUUGACUCAGAAUUUCAUUCCAAAAUCCAAUUGAAUUUUCAAUAUCUGCUUUUAAAUAUUCGAUUUCCUGGUUUCAUUUUCUAGGGCACCUUUUAAAUUUGGGUAUUAAUUUGUAUUUUGGGUUUUAUUGCUGUUGUGCCAUUGGACUUGCACCAUCUUUGUCACAACCCCAACCGCUACGGCCAUCUGCAAGCCGGCCCGCGGUUGCUCUGCCCUGCUUACCGGAAUUAUGUAACUUGAACAACACGGACAAUUCGAAGGAGGAGUUUAGGGUCUUAGCUUGCCACCAUGGCCUUAGGAACGCGCUCUCAGCCUAAUCGAGUCAACCAGAAGCACAAAAAAAUCCCAACUCAAGCUUUUCAUAAUGUACCUUGUUGAACUCAUGGAACGCUCUUGAAGUCAUCGGGCAAGAAGGAAUGGGCUUCCUUUCAUUAACAGGCUUGGCAAGCGAGUGUCAGGAUCGAGUUGCUGGAUCUGGAGCUUUCCAGGCCUAGAGUCCAUUGGGUGGAGUCUCAGGCCCACGGAGCUAUGUCUGCAUUGUCCACCAUUCAUGACGAUAUUUCCCACGUGGCAGAGACCGUAAGGGAGACGAUGAUCGCCUUGCCCUUCCACAAACAAUAGCGGGGAGGGAGUGAGCAGCAGAUGAUAGAAAAUGUGGGCCAUCGAUGGAGACUGGUCAAUCAAAGGGUGGUAAAGAUAGUACCACGUUCAGUGGCAGUCCUAAUGGAUCGUGGAUUUGUAACGGAGCCCAGAGUACUGGGCCAUUGCCACUGUGGCCCAAAGGGUUUGCAUCCUGUUCUCAUGGCAGUAGUGAUGAUAUAUAUUCUUAUCAUCCUGUUUUUUGAUGAAUAAAAAGCCUUUGAAAUAGGGACAAAACUUGAAGAAUACUUGCUAAUCAAUUUACAAUGAAUGGUCAAUAUCAGCAAUCAAUAUGCUUUGU